AUGGUUAUAGGAAACCUAAUAUCAGAUUCAGGCAAUUCCGAUUUUGAGAGCGAGUCCUCACCUAUCAAUAAUGUUGUCAAUCGGUCACGAAAGCGGGGAAAGAAAGGCGAUUCAAGCAGUACAAUAAUAACAAGUCGAGAAACAACGAUGGAAAUUCACGUGGAGGCCGAGAGAAAAAGAAGGGAAAAAUUGAACCAUCGAUUCUAUGCUCUACGAAGCGUUGUUCCGUAUGUGUCCAAAAUGGACAAAGCUUCAUUACUAGCAGACGCAGUUACUUAUAUCAAUGAGCUCAAAUCUAAAAUCGAAGAUCUAGAAUCCAAAUUAAUCGAUCCCCAGAAAAAACCUAUAAUUAUGGAGCAACAUGAUUCUUAUAGUGAGUCUUCUGUUGUAACUGAUCGAGCUAACAAUAAUAAGUCAUUAUUUUCGAGCAGCAUUAACGGGGCACAAAAUGGGAUGGAAAUUGAGGUGAAAAUUAUAGGAUCGGAAGCCAUGAUUAGGGUUCAGUCUUUGAAUGUGAAUCAUCCGUGUGCGAGAUUGAUGAACGUGAUGAAAGAGCUGGAGUUUCAGAUUUACCAUGCAAGUGUUUCCAGUGUUAAAGACUUGAUGCUUCAAGAUAUCGUGAUUAGGGUUCCUAAUGAGUUAUCAAAUGAAGAAGCCCCAAAAUCCACUAUAGUGACAAUAUUAAGUGUUGCUGAGAAUUAGUACUAAGCAUAUAUUACUGCA